AUGGAGACCGGUGGUGGUGGAGGAUUUGGUGAUGGUAAUAAUCGUCGGCGGCUAUCAUUGAACGAAAGAACCAAUUCAUCGAACAAUCUACGAGGCAAAGACACCACCGAUGGCAACAACAACGGCGGCCGUCAAAACUUGACCUUAACCGCCGAUAAAAAGCUGCUAAAUCGGACACUUCUUGACAUCAUCCGUGAUGACGACUCGACCGGAGACAAAGACCAUAAGAAGAGCUGGAAACAUUUCAGAGAUACGCUCCGUCUCCGCCGUGCAGGAGUCGCUUGGGCCUCCUCCGUGUACAUUCCGACUUCCGAUGUUCCCGUUAAGCAAACUAAUAAUAGGAUGAUCACGCGGAGGCAUUCGACUCGGAUUAUGAAUACGAAUGAACCUAUCUCAAAUGAGUCGACUCACGAGUCAACUCAGCAAGAACUAUCAUCGGCAACUCAUGCUGAAUUCAAUAGAGUUACGAGCAACAGAGCGAUAUCGUUGAGGCGUCACUCGAGUUUUAUUCUAGAGAGACAAAAUAGUCGAUUGAUUACUACAAAUGAAGACAGCGUUCCUGAAGAUGAAAUAGAUUUAUCGGCGGAGGAGGUGGCGGGAGAGACGGAGGAGGAGGAGGAGAUGACGAUGGCGGAGAGGGAGGGAGAAAGGAGAGGGGAGGGGCGGGUGAGGAUUUCAUUGAUGUCAUUGUUGGCUGAGAGUGAUAGGCAAAUGGGAUUGGAGGGUUUGGCGUAUAUGAUUGAUGACGAUGAGGAAGAAGAGGGAGAGGAUGGUGGUGGAGGGGAGUAUAAUAAUUGUAGUGUGUGCAUGGUGAGGCACAAGGGUGCAGCGUUUAUACCAUGUGGGCAUACAUUUUGCAGGCUGUGUUCUAGGGAGCUUUGGGUACAAAGGGGUAAUUGCCCUGUUUGCAAUGGGUUCAUCUUGGAAAUUCUUGAUAUUUUUUGA